CUGUGGUUGCUGUAGUUUUCUUCCCUCCCUUCCUCAACAUCCGGGGUACCAAUUGGGAGCUCUUCCUGCCCCUUCUUGGCAACAGAGAGAGGAGGAGGAGGAGGAAGGAGUGGGAUUGCUCUUGGCCCCUUCCUCCCUCCCUCUGGAAGAGGGCUCCUCCCUUGGCUGGAAGGCUUCCUUGAGGCCCCCCCUCUUCCCAUGGAGGCUGGAAGCCCCCUCUGACACCUCCCAAAAAAGGCAAGAAUUUGGAUUCAGCCACAAUGACCUCUCCCUGGCGGUUACAUUUCCACUGAUAUAAUCUCAGAGAGCAGGAUCUCCUGUGGAAGUGGCCAAGGACUUUGAAUUGCACCUUCCUGACUUGCCGGCAGGUUUUGGGGAUAACCAUGGAGUUUGCUGAGCUGAUCAAGACACCCAGGGCUGACAAUGUGGUCCUCCAUCGCCCCUUCUACCCAGUGGUGGAGGGGACCCUAUGCUUGACAGGCCAUCACCUUAUCUUCUCUUCCCGUCGGCAGGACAACGUUGAGGAACUCUGGCUUUUGCAUUCCAACAUUGAUUCCAUUGAAAAACGUUUCAUUGGCUCUUUGGGCACCAUCAUUGUCAAAUGCAAAGACCUGCGGAUCAUUCAGCUGGACAUCCCAGGCAUGGAGGAGUCUUUGAACAUAGCGAGCUCCAUUGAGGCACUAUCUACCUUGGAUUCCAUCACUCUGAUGUAUCCUUUCUUUUAUCGACCCAUGUUUGAAGUUGUGGAAGAUGGGUGGCAUUCCUUCUUGCCUGAGCGGGAAUUUGAGCUGCUCAGUUCAGUCACAAAUGAAUGGCGGUUGAGUUACAUCAAUAAGGAUUUCUCUGUCUGCUCAUCCUAUCCACCCAUUGUCACUGUUCCUAAGUCAAUCGAUGAUGAGUCUCUCUCGAAAGUUGCCUUGUUUCGCCUUGGGGGACGCUUCCCGGUCCUCAGUUAUUACCACAAGAAAAACGGGAUGGUGAUGAUGCGCAGUAGCCAACCACUUACAGGAACCAAUGGGAAGCGGUGCAAAGAAGAUGAGAAGCUGAUCAAUGCCACUUUGAGGGCAGGCAAGCGUGGCUACAUCAUUGACACACGGGCCCUGAACGUAGCCCAGCAAGCCAGAGCCAAAGGCGGAGGCUUCGAGCAGGAAGUGCAUUAUCCUCAGUGGCGAAGGAUCCACAAGUCCAUAGAGAGGUACAACAUUCUUCAGGAGAGCCUCAUUAAGCUCGUGGAGGCCUGCAAUGACCAGUCGCAUAACAUGGAUCGCUGGCUGAGCAAACUAGAGUCGUCUAACUGGUUGACCCACAUCAAAGAGAUUCUGACCACAGCUUGCUUGGCUGCUCAAUGCAUUGACAGGGAGGGCGCAUCAGUCUUAGUCCAUGGGACAGAAGGCACCGAUUCAACACUGCAAGUGACCUCUCUGGCCCAGAUUAUCUUGGACCCCAGGUGUCGAACCAUCCGUGGUUUUGAGGCUCUCAUUGAGAGAGAGUGGCUACAGGCCGGCCACCCGUUCCAGCAGCGCUGCGCUCAGUCCGCUUAUUCAAACAGCAAGCAGAAAUGGGAGGCGCCCGUCUUCUUGCUCUUCUUGGACUGCGUCUGGCAGAUCCUCCGCCAGUUCCCUUGCUCCUUUGAGUUUAACUACCAAUUCCUCCUCAUGCUCUUUGAACAUUCCUACGCCUCCCAGUUCGGCACUUUCCUGGGCAACAACGAAAACGACAGGUGUAAACUCAAGCUGCCACAGAAGACGAUGUCCCUGUGGUCCUGGGUGAAUCGGCCAGAAGAGCUCAGCCGGUUCAAGAACCCCCUCUUUGAGGCCAACAGCCUUGUCAUCUGGCCUUCAGUGGCCCCCCAGAGUCUGCAGCUCUGGGAAGGAGUGUUCCUCCGCUGGAAUCGGUCCUCCAAGUUUCUGGACGAAUCCUACGAAGAAAUGAUCAACAUCAUCAAGUACAACAAGGAACUCCAAGUGAAAGUCAACAUGCUGAGGAGGCAGCUGGCCGAACUGGAGACGGACGACAGCACGCAGGACGAUGGGAUAUCUGAGAGUCCCUGAGGUCUUCAUCUCAUUCCAGCUCAGUUGGGCAAGUGGUCUCCAAACGCAUUUGAGCACUAAACACCCACCAGAUCUGCAUGCGCUCAAGCUCCUUCUUUGGUGCAGUUGAGUUGAACUUUUUCCCCCUUUUGUUUUUUGGCUUCACUGUUCCUCACUUGGCACUGUAAUCACACCCUCCGUUUAGGAUGGGAAUGCGUGGUUUCCUUUAUUUUUUGUUCGUGUUGUUUACAGGAGCAAACUCUUGAUUUAAUCCAAGCCACUGCCUUAUUCCGGCAGCAUUUCUCAUCUCUAAUAAACUGUGCACCUGUGA